ACCAAUAAUUUAGUUAAUAGUUUACUGAUAAAAGAUAUUAAUGUAACAUAUUUCAUUUAUUCCAGAACGUGUUUUUCCUUCAAAUAUAUGCAUUUAGAUUCCCCACUAGAUGGCGGUGUUGCCUCGCGUUUGGGCAGAGGCGAAGAAGACAAUGUUGUUAGCUAGUUUUAAGCAUGUUAGCCAGCCGAACAAGUGUGUUGUACAAAUGUAUUAAUUAGAUGCAGUUCUAGUAAAAGCAAGAUGAAGUUCAAAUCGGACGUCUGGGCAUUUUUCCUUUAAAAACAGAUGUUGCAGCUAAAUCCACAACAUUUUUUUGGUGCCGAAACCCGGGACAGGACGUGUGAAAAAGGAUCUUUGUUGGGAUCAAGCCGAUAGCUGUAACAACGACAAACGAAAAGGAAAAAAUGACGGAGCGACUACAAAGGUUAAAACAGAAGCGGACUGUGCUGCGGGCGUCCGUUACGAAGCUGCUGCAAAAUAUUCAGGAUGAAACAAGUAAAAGUAAUGUGAACAGUGAUCAUUUGCAAGAGCUGUUAGCCAUGUUAUCGCAGAAGGAGAAAAGCCUGCAAGAUAUUGAACCCGGUAUAGAGCAGGAGAUCGCAUUGGAGGAGUUAGAUGCGGACUUGAUGAGGACAAUGGAGUAUCAAGACAACACGAGCUUAUGGCGCACGCGAGCGGAGAGAGCGAUUGAAAGGGCUGCCAUACAACAACUUGAACCGGGAGGGGACGCUGCCAUAGAAACGCGUCCACAACGACUGAGUGACGCAAGUACACGGUCAACAGCAAGCAGACCCUCUGUAAAACUACCCAAGCUCUCAAUAAGCAAAUACAAUGGAGAAGUAUGCAUGUGGCAAGAGUUUUGGGACCAGUUCGAAAACGCUAUUCACCGAAACCCAGACUUGAGCAAAACUGAAAGAUUCACUUACCUGAAGUCAUAUCUCAUCGGGCCAGCUGCACGAGCUGUUGCAGGGCUGAAGAUGUUGCAGCUAAAUCCACAACAAGCAGAGAGGUUACCAGAGCAGGGAUGCAUACGGAUGUUCUUCUUCACUGGUUAGAUCAGAGGCACAAAUGGGAGCACUGUCAUGGAGGCUUGCACUGUCC